CCGAAAGUGUGUUUGUCCCUUUUUGCGAGCCGUAUAUGUAGUUUUAGGAGAGGUCAGCCAUGAGAAUGACGGAGGAAAAUAACAACGACAAACCACAGAUUACAGUAGAGGAUGUACAACGUCUAAUUAAGAAAAAAGAUGAAAUUGAGGAACAGAUCAAAGCAUACUACGAUGUGCUAGAAGAUCAAGGUGAUGUGGGAAUGCAUGCUCCUCUAGUUGAUGUAGAGGGCUAUCCUCGUUCAGAUGUGGAUUUGUUCCAGAUCAGAACAGCAAGACACAGUAUCUCAUGUUUGCAGAAUGACCACAAAGCUGUCAUGGUAGAGAUUGAGGAGGCCCUUCACAUGCUGCAUGCCAGAGAGAGGGCUAAACGAGAGCAGGACCAAGCAGAAGCUCAAGUGGAGAGCAUGGAACAAGAGUCAUCCUUGCCAUCUCCAUUUGCCCGAGUGGACGCUGUGACACAGGGUUCCCCUGCUCAUCAGGCGGGCUUACUCACUGGUGAUGAGAUCAUUGAGUUUGGUUCCGUCAACACGAGCAACUUCCAGAACCUACAAAACAUCGCAUCUGUGGUGCAACAUAGUGAGGGGAAAUCCCUGAGUGUUGCUGUGAUUCGGAAAGGACAGAAAGUUCAUCUUGGCUUGACGCCACAGCGCUGGUCUGGCAGAGGUCUACUCGGAUGCAACAUAGUACCUCUCCCCAGAUGACUGUGAUCAAGGAAGUUCAAGAACUGCUCAGACAUAAACAUUAGCCACAGGUCAUCUUCAGGCCAGCCAUUACACGUUUUUGUCACUAAGUGACUUAAAACAUUCUACAUUGUACAAAACAAUUUAUUUGUAUGGGUUUAUUUUCAAAUUUAUGACUACUUUGACCAUACAUUUGUGCAUUUGAACCACACACAGACAUUUGUAUUUGAUGAACUGUAUGGCAUGUGUGGGGGAAAAAAUAGCUGGUGUUUUCAAAAGGAUUUCUUUCACAGCACUGGAAUAUUGAUAAAAUUUCAAAAUGCAUUCCUGUUUUGUUUCUUUUGCAUCAUUACAUUUGAAAGAAUGUGUAAAACGUAUUGAAAUUUUAGUUGAGUAACAGAAGGUAAUCUUUGUUCUUUUAAAGUCCUGUCUCAAAUAUUAAGGAAAGAUAGUAGCUGUCCCCAGUGUCUGUCCACCUUCAUGCUUAACCUUUGGGCCACUGCUGGUUUCCAUUCUGACAUUUAAUGCCAUGUUUGUUAGCUUCCACAGCUGUUAGGUCUGCCUGUUAGUGCUUAGCACGCCUCACUUUACUGCAUAAUGGAAAUGGUCCCAGCUGUAAGAAACAGGAGGUAAGAAUCUAACAUAAUAGUAUACUCUAGUACCAGGGCCAGGCCUGCUUAGUAUUUCGUCAGUCUGGAGAUGGCAUCUGUCAUUUGUAAUUUUAAAUUUAGAUUUUUAAUUUUCUACAUAUAAUUUCAUACAUACGCUACGUCUUCACGGUGCUGAGGAUAACGCCAUGGGGAACCACAGAAAACAUCAGUGUAUGGGAGAAUGAAAGGCAAGCUCAUUGUAAGAUUGCACAUCAAAGUAGCAAUUCUAUGUAUGCUCACUUUAAAAAUAAAUUGUGUUCAAUCACAUGUACACCUGUAAAACAAGAGGCUGUAUAAGUACUGGUGUGAAAGGCAGACAGGAUUCAAGCGGGCCGCUCUUCUAAUCAAUAUAGGGUUAAGCUUCAGACAUUUUAUUUCACUUUUAAUUCCCCAUGCUUUCAUUUUAGCUAGUAAUAAAGCAAUCCAGAAUGUGUGUUUAUGGAUCUGUUUUCCACAUAUAUUGAAAAUCAUUCUUGUAUAGAUGUUGAAAGAAUACCACUGUAGAUCCAUAUAAGCUGAAAAUGGCUUAAAAGCAUUAAAAUGUGUGUGCGUG